AUGGCACCAAGUUUGCGCUCUCUGUCUCGCCAAGAACGGUUUUGCAUUGACUCGAUGAACAACCUCAUUAGCCUAGUUAGCACAUACGAUGAGCAAAGGGACAAAGCCUUCCUCGAUGGAUGGAUGCAACGGUUGGAAAAGGUGUUUGCUGAUUUCCAAUCCAUUCGCUUACAAUUGGAACUGCGUGAGGAUCAAGAAGAGUUUACGGAUGCAUCUGAAACCGUCUCGCUGAAUGAAGAUGCAAAUAGGAAGGCUCGAGAUGACUUCGAGCGUAACUACAUGAAGGUGUAUGGGUUUAUCGUCUCCAAACUUCGUACCCCCGAACCCACUCCUUCUUCCUCGAAUGUCGUUGCGCACGCUGGCACACCAGCGGAUACAUCCUUUGCUCGGAUAAGGUUGCCCGAGCAAUGCCCGUCCAGCUGCUGUCGAGUGUGCGGACAGAAGCACCACACAAUGUUGCACCAGAAUACCACACUUCGCUCGUCGGAUGGUGAUCCGAUCCCAAAGUCAACGCCAACGUCGUCUCCUGCUCCUCCUCCUCCAAAUCAGCCUCCGUCCACUCGAAGUACUACAGCUCAGCCUCAGUCCUCCUCGUCGCAGCCUCCUCCUCCGUCGCCGAAUACUCUUGCUCCGUCCACUAGUGGCCCGUCGACCAGCUACAGGCCAACGGCCCUCGUCGGAAGUGUUCGAACUGUUCCUUUGACUGUUUUGCUGCAAACUGCGGUGGUGAAAAUCGCUGAUGCCAACGGCUACGCCAUUUGGGCUCGUGCUUUGCUGGACCCAGCGUCGCAGAUCAACCUGAUGACUGUGGAGCUGUCGCAGAAACUGAAGCUUCGUCGUGUAAAAACCCACCAGGAAAUCGGCGGCGUUGGAAAUGCUACUGUCGUUUCAUCAUACGCUGUUGACGCAAGAAUCGAAUCCCAUUGUUCCAGUUUCGUCGCAGAUUUCUCGUUCCAUGUACUGCCUGGAAUUACUCGGGAGCUACCGGCCAAGGCGUUGAAUACGCAAGAAUGGAACAUUCCCGCAAACAUCGUUCUGGCAGAUCCUUCUUUCCAUCAACCUGGUCCCAUUGACAUGAUACUAGGGAUGGAAGUCUACUACGAGCUCGUCGAAGAAGGGCUGGUUCGUCUUGGACCCGAUCUACCCGUGCUGCAGAAAACGGUUCUCGGAUGGGUCGUAUCUGGCAAAGUUGGUUCAUCACCGUCCCCGAGAGUCAGCUAUGCCCACGUUUGCAGUAUCAGUUCCCUCGAAGACCAGUUGGCGCGCUUCUGGGAGCUUGAAUCGUGUCAAUCCAGCAGCAAUCUUUCCGUCGAAGAGACGCUUUGUGAAGCACACUUCUCUGCCACCACCGUUCGCGACGAAACCGGACGUUUUGUAGUUCAACUUCCGAAAAGAUCAGCAGUCCUCUCAACCCUCGGCGAUUCUAAGGAAAUUGCCACCCGUCGUUUCCUCGCUUUGGAGCGACGCUUGAACGCCAAUCCGCAGCUGAAGCAGGCGUAUUCGCACUUCAUGGAGGAGUACCAUCGACUGGGUCAUAUGGAGGACGUAACCGAUUCGGAAGACCUGGAGACCAACACUCUUUCGUAUUAUCUGCCCCACCAUUGCGUCGUAAGACCUGAUAGUCUGACUACCAAGCUUCGGGUAGUAUUUGAUGCCUCGGGGGCCACUAGCACAGGAGUGUCCCUCAACGACGGACUGAUGGUGGGCCCAGUCGUCCAAGAUGACCUGGUGUCCAUCACCUUGCGGUUCCGGAUGUCCCGGUACGCGAUAGUGUCGGACAUAGAAAAAAUGUACCGGCAAAUUUUGGUCUUUUCGUCUGAUCGUUGCCUGCAGAAGAUCCUCUGGCGGAGUUCUCCGUCGGAACCGAUGCGCACCUACCAACUGUCGACCGUUACGUACGGAACUUCUUGUGCGCCUUAUCUCGCCACCAGAUGUCUGCAGGAACUCGCCAGAAUCGGAGAAACUACCCACCCACAAGCUGCUAAGGCAGUUUCCAAGGACUUCUAUAUGGAUGACCUUCUAACCGGCGUAACCGAAAUAGCUGAAGGACAGCAGCUCUGCAGUCAGCUGCUGGAUCUUCUUCAAUCAGCCGGACUCUGCCUUCGGAAGUGGUCAUCAAAUUGCCCUACACUUCUCGAACACCUUCCGUCCGAGCUGCGUGACGAAAGAACAGUACUCGAUCUGGAAGCCUCCGCUCCUAUCAAAACGCUUGGAUUAAAAUGGCAGACAAGCACCGACGAAUUCCUCUUCGACGUUCCCGAUUGGAACUCGUCUCCGAACAUCACCAAACGGAUCGCCCUCUCGGACGCAGCAAAGCUGUUCGAUCCGCUAGGACUCGUCGGGCCGGUAAUAGUCCAAGCCAAAAUCUAUCUGCAGGAUGUCUGGAGAAGCCAGAAGGGAUGGGACGAACCCCUGGACGACGAGUUGCAACAACGGUGGCACGAAUUCCGGGAAAACCUUCUAGCUCUUCGGAAUCUUUCCGUUCCACGAUGGGUUACGCCUGUCGUCAAACCAGCAUCGACUCAAAUCCACGGAUUCUGCGAUGCUUCGUUGAAGGCCUACGGGGCCUGUCUCUACAUACGCGUUACAGCCGACGACGGGACGAUCAGCGUGAACCUCCUUACCGCAAAAUCGAAAGUGGCUCCUCUGGCGGAUUCUCGGAAGCAGAAACGAGUCUGCUUACCUCGUCUGGAACUCUCGGCGGCGUUGCUGCUCGCCCAUCUGUUUCAGAAGGUACAAACCGCCAUCAAUCUCGAAGCUCAAACGUUCUUUUGGUCAGAUUCCACCAUCGUCCUCCAUUGGCUAUCUGCUACCCCAUCUCGGUGGAAAACCUUCGUGGCCAACCGGGUUUCGGAGGUCCAACACGCCACCGUUGGUGGACUGUGGGCUCAUGUUCCUGGGUGUGAAAAUCCAGCAGACAUCAUUUCUCGGGGAAUGGACCCCGAACAACUGAAGACCACCAACUCGUGGUGGCACGGCCCGGACUGGUUGUCAAAAUCAUCACGCUUCUGGCCUGCUUUUGUCCACACGUCCAAUGAAGACUUCCCCCCGGAGAACCUCGAAGAACGACAAGUUGCUCUCGCAGUCCAUACCAUUCCACCGAAUCCAAUCUUUUCUCUGCGGUCAUCGUACGUUGCGCUACUUCGACGAGAAGCAUUCCGAGAAGAGUUCGCUUCGUUAGCCACAUCCGGACAGGUCAAGCCAUCAUCGAAACUCAAGUCCCUCAGACCAUUUGUUGAUCAGAGUGUCCUGCGAGUCGGUGGCCGGCUCCGUAACGCUGCGGUCCCUGAGGACCAGAAACAUCCAUUCGUUUUGCCAUCCAAACACCCAUUCACCGAACUGGUCGCUCGGUAUUACCACCAGAAGCUGCUGCAUGCAGGACCCCAGCUGCUCAUCUCAAGUCUCCGGGAGAAGUUCUGGCCGUUACGCGCCCGAAACCUGGCGGGACGAAUCGUACAUUCGUGCAUAAACUGUUUCCGUUGCCGCCCUCGUGCUACGGAACAAGUCAUGGGCGACCUUCCCGCCGAACGUGUCUCUCCAACGCUGCCGUUCUUGUGCACCGGCGUAGAUCUUUGUGGUCCUGUGUACUACCGACUUCCCGACCGCAAAUCCAAACCAGUGAAGGCAUACGUAGCACUUUUUGUGUGCCUUUCGAUAAAAGCAGUGCACAUAGAACUGGUCGGAGACCUUUCCACGAACUCGUUCCUUGCUGCCCUCCGCCGCUUUGUGGCCCGGCGAGGAAAACCCAAGCUCAUCGAGUGCGACAACGCACAAAAUUUUCGAGGUGCUGUCCGGGAAUUGUCCGAAUUGUCGAAACAGUUCCGAAGUCAACAGAUGCAGAACACCGUUACUCGCUCCUGUGCCGAAGACGGCAUAGAAUUCAAAUUCAUUCCCCCUUGCUCUCCGAAUUUCGGGGGUCUGUGGGAGGCGGGGAUCAAAUCGAUGAAGACCCACCUCAAAGCCACCCUCGGAAACACCAUUCUAACGGCCGAACAACUCACCACGCUUCUGGCCCAGAUCGAGAGUUGUAUGAAUUCUCGACCUCUCACACAACUGUCAGCGGAACCAGAUGACCUCGAUGUCCUUACACCUGGGCAUUUUUUGAUUCACCGUCCGCUAACAGCCAUUGCGGAACCUUCGUUGGAAGAUGUACCUCCAAACCGACUCGACAAGUGGCAGGAAGUUCAAGAGUUCCUCCGCCGGCUCUGGAAGCGCUGGACCUCGGAAUAUCUGUCCGGGUUACAGCCAAGAACCAAAUGGACCCGCGAGAAGGACAACAUCGUCAUCGGAACCCUGGUUCUGGUGAAAGACGACGGACUGCCACCCCUCAAAUGGCGCUACGGCAGGGUGACCCACAUCUUCAGGGGAGAUGACGGAAACAUCCGCGUCGUCGUAGUGAAGACCAAGGACGGAGAGUACCGGCGCGCAAUCUCAAAAAUCUGCGUGCUGCCGAUUGACCAGCCAUCACCGCUCGUAGACCGCGAGCCCAAUGAUGACCAUUGA